AUGGCCAGAUUGGCAAAGCAAGAGGUCGAAAUCAGCCUUCUCACGGCUAAUGCUAUGUUGGGAUACAAAUACAAGUCCGAUCACUUCUGGUUGGGAAUUCAUGAGUACCGCCCCGAUGCUAUUGUUAUCGACUCUGGCAGCACGCAUGGCGGGCCUUUCAAACUCGACAUGGGCCGAAAGACAGUUGCCGAUGAGUCCUACAUCCGUGGCCUAACGCCUUACAUCACUGCAUGUGCCCACUAUGGCAUGAAGCUCCUCAUCAGCAGUGCCGGUGGUGACGGCAGCGGCAAGCACGUUGCUGACAUUCUCGCUAUCGUCAAUAAGAUUAUUGAGGACAAUGGCUUCAAGUUCAAAAGUGCCACGAUUGGUGCCGCGGUUCCCAGGGAGCUCAUUCGGCAGAAGCUGAAAGACGGAAUUAACUCAGCCGUUCAUGUCGCUGCCCAGAUGGGACCUGAGCCGUUCAUCAAAACUCCCAAAGAAGAAACACCAGACAUCAUUGUUGCAGGCCGCGCAUACAACCCUUCGCCAUUCGCAGCGUUUUGCAUGAACCUCGGUUUUGAGCGAGCCCCUGCGUUCCAUCUGGGCAAGAUCCUCGAAUGCGGCGGCCAGUGUGCUGUACCCAAAGGCCGCUCGAUGAUUGCCACAAUUCGCAAAGACGACUUCCUCGAGAACCGGGUACGGAACUACACCCGAGGACUGUUCCCGGAGCUCGAUAAAUUCGACGAUUGUUGCGUCAUCUUCCACGUUUAUGGUCGGAAUGCCAUCAUGGGACCUUUGAAGCAAAACUCUGAGCCUGCUCACGAAGUUGGCGCGCUUGGCGAAGUCGUCGCUCAGGCUCCUCCAGCAGCGAAGGCUAUGGCUAUUUGCAACAGUGCCCGCGUCUCCUGCCUUCAUUUCUACUACCCUGGCAUUCUUGCGACUACGGGAAACCUCGCAAGCCCGCUGAGUCCACAUGAGCAAGACGCCGGUGCCGUUUUCAAAUUCAGUCUGUACCACUUGAUGGGGAUCAAGGAUACGACUGGCCCAAUCCUCUUCCCAAUCAAGUCAUCUACGGUCGGCGCAGGCACGUUUGUGAAGGAUGAAAACUUUGGCAAGCAGUUCUUCAACCUCGACAACUUUCUGAACAUCUCUCGGAACAGAUCAAGACCAAGUCAGUCCCGACCGGUCCUGCUACAAUGA